AUGGCGUCACCUCCGGCAGGGUCGCCGCCCUCAUCAAACCUCGCCUUACCGCGUCAACGACCGCCCCUCGGUCUCGUCCUUCCCUCCAAAUCGCGGAAACCAUCUCUGGCGUCAACACCCUCAGCGCAUCCGCUCCGACAAACCUCCUUCCCGCCACCGGAUAGCCUCGAGGCUCAGUCCGUAUUCUCGCCGGGCGAGGACGGAUCACUCGAUGACUUCAGCGACACCGAGAUCCGGAGCGCCAUCAGCGGGCCCGCGGCGGAUGAGAACUUCGCGACUGCGACCAAGAAGCGUAAGCGCGGGGAAAAGCGGCCCCGAGGCAGGCCCGCGAAGGAGAAGGGUGCGCUUGGGGGUUUGAGGACUGGGAGUGUCAGUUUGGUGAAUGGGGAGGAUGGGAGGGGAAGUCGACGGGGUGGGAGUAAGGGUGCGCCGUCUGUGGUGACGGGUGAUGGUGCUGAGGCUGCCGAGGAGGAAGACGAGGAAGACGAGGAUGAGGAUGCUGCUACGGGUGGUGACAAGGAGGGGUUCAACCAGCUGGAUCUGGAGCAGGAUAAUCGACACAGAUAUCUGUUUCGUGAGGCUGUUGGGUCGGCGCAUCAGAAUCGCUACGACUCGUUCAACAAGGUCAAGCUGAGGACUGCAGAUGUUCGAAGGUUGGUUAACGCGACUCUUAGCCAGAGUGUGCCGCAGAAUGUCGUCACGGUGGUGGGAGCGUAUACGAAGAUGUUCGCGGGUAUGCUGAUCGAGAGCGCGAGGGAAGUGCAGUCGGAGUGGAUGGCGGUCAGUGAAAAGCGACCAGACGGAGAGGAGAAUAGGGCGUACAAGAGAUUGAAAAUGAUGCAGCCUGAGCAUCUGGAUGAGGAAGAAGAAGAAGACGAGGAUGACGAGGAUGACGAGGAAGAAGAUGUAGAGAAGCCAGAUUCGGAGAAGUCGCCCAAGGUUAAUGGAGAGUCUAGCAACAAGACUCCAAACGGCGAAGCCAAGACUCCAGACAAGGAUCGGAGCAAGAGUGACGGGAUGCCAGAUGGUGAUUACGACCCUGACGAAGAUAACAACGUCCCAGGCGACACGCAGCCGAAUAGCAGUCCGAACGAGAAGCCAAACAGCACCCCAAAUGGAAAGCCGAAUGGCAAGCCCGAAAAGUCACAGACGAAUGGCGAGUCCAAGAAGGAAGACGAUGACUUGGAGGGAGCCGAGCAUUUACAGCCCAGCGCGUGGGGUCUGUCAAAGUAUCUCGACGAGUGCGAUCGCGGCCCAUUACUUCCAGACCACCUCAGAGAAGCUUUACGGCGGUACAAGAAGUCGAGGAAUGGUGGAACGGUCGGCUUCACGGGCAUAAGUCUGGAGAGACCUGAGGUUUCCGCUCCUCGAAUGGGUGGCAAGAGGCUAUUCAAGUAA